GGUUCGUUCCCUGGUCUUAGCCCUCGUUUGCUGACGCUGGAGCUGAAGCUUCUCCGCACCGCCGGAGCUGUUUACCUGGGUUGUCCCCAAUUGCCUCUUCUGCUUCUCCGUCUUGAAUGCCACCGCGGUGGAGUGAAACCGUGUGCUUGAAAAUGGCGUCGUUAAACGGGGGUUCAGUGGAUUUAGCUUCGCCGCUUACAAUUUCGUUAUCAUGUCGUCUUACUGAGGCGGUUACAACACCUUCGCCGUGAUGGGACUGGCUUCAAUAUCCCUCGACGGAUAUUUCGCGGGAUUCUGUUUCCGUCGCCGGCGAGAAAAUCCUCCCGGAUUGGGGGUAUGGCCGGGUGUACACGGUGGUGGUGCUGAAUUGCACGUUCUCGGAUCCCAUCGGCGAUGCUGACAUCUGGAGCAAGCUCCUAAUCCACGCCCCACCAACGGCGCCGGCGACACCCACCCUGAGCGAGACGCCGCAAGGAUUUCUCCACUUUCACUUUUGUGUUCUCGUCUAAGACGAACUACGACUACCUUUACUUCAGUUCAUCUCUGUACGGCAAUUUGAGCCCUUAUAGGGUACGAGAAUGGGUAGCGUACCAAGCCUGAUUGAUGGGCAAGAAAUCCCAUUUUGUGUUCUACGACGCCGGCGUCCUACACUCUGCCGUAAUGGAGGUGCUCUGGCCGUGGAUGGAGAAGGGAUACCUGACAUUACAGGACGUGAAGGAGCAAGAGCAGUUCGAUGGCUAUUACCACAACCAAUUCUUGAUUUAAUGACUACUUGCAUAGGGGGACAUAAAUAUCUUCGAGGUGGCAGACGGUUGAACACUUGGACUCAUCGUGCUUUCCGCCAUGACGAAGCUAUAGCAUAUAACGGCUUCAUCUUUCAUCUUCACCUUCUCCUUCAUCUUCAUCUUCAUUCUCUCUGGCGUGUUUUAGCAACUUUGCUACUUACUCUGUUAUUCUACCUGAAAUGCUGAAAAUGUGGAAUCCGGCGCUCCCCGAAAACCGCAUUGUCUUAGGUGUUGGAGUGGCCGGAGUUGACUUCCUGGCUGCCGUAGCUUCGUUCCCUAACCCGGAUGAUAAAAUUCGGAGCACCAGUUUUGAGGUUCAAGGAGGUGGUAACACUGGCAAUGCUUUGACCUGCGCAGCUCGUCUAGGUCUUAAUCCAAGGAUUAUAUCUAAGGUUGCUGAUGACUCACAUGGCGAAAGAAUACUUGAUGAGUUUGAAAGGGAUGGUGUUGAUACAUCUUUUAUGGUGGUGUCCAAAGGAGGAAACUCACCAUUCACAUAUGUCAUUGUUGACAACCAAAAAAAAACUCGCACGUGCAUUUUCACUCCAGGAUAUCCACCCAUGAUACCUGAUGAUCUACCCAAAUCAAAAUUGUCUUCAGCCCUUGAUGGAGCAAAUAUUGUCUACUUAGAUGGAAGGCUGCAUGAGACUGCUUUUAUUGUAGCGCAGGAGGCAAAGAGUAGGGGCAUACCUAUUAUAGUUGAUGCAGAAAGGUUAAGGGAGGGGCUGGAUGAUAUUCUUGACUUUGCUAGUUAUGUUGUAUGCUCAACAAAAUUUCCACAGGCAUGGACUAACGCCCCUUCUAUUCCAACUGCACUUGUUUCCAUUCUCUUGAGAUUGUCAAACGUAAAAUUCGUAAUUGUGACGUUGGGUGAAGGUGGUUGCUUAAUGUUAGAAAGGACUGAAGCGGAGAACACUCAGUUUGAAGAAAUGGAUGUAGAUGAAUUGUACAAAAAACUGAAGCAAAGGGAAGAUGCUAAUGCAACAAUACCCACAUGCAUAUCGUCGAAUGUGGGAAAAUUAUGUGCAAAUGGUAUAGGGAUGGUUAACGGUAAGUUGCAUGUAGGAACAGCUGAAAAUAUACCACCUUCAGAAUUAGUUGAUACAACCGGUGCUGGUGAUGCAUUCAUCGGAGCAGUUAUUUACUCUAUCUGUGCUGAUAUGCCACCACAAAAGAUGCUGCCAUUUGCCUGUCAAGUGGCAGCCAUCAAGUGCAGAGCCUUGGGAGCUAGAGGCAGUCUUCCCCGCUGGAACAACCCUCGCUUGACACCGUUUUUAAAGUAGAGUGCCCCAGUAGGAUCAGAGUUACAUUGUUGGCCUACAAAAGUGACAGCAACUUAAGGAUUGGUCGGAGUCUUGAAUUUCUGGGCGUGUUCAUAUCAAUGUCUCUAUCGUUAUAACGUAACAUAAACUUUUGGAUUUGCUUGGUCAUAAAGUCUUGAAUUUCUGUCUGUGUCCACAAGGAUUUGCCGUGGACGUUGUAGUUUACGACUGUUGUGUACUUGCACCGACCAUGUACAGGUAAAUUGACACCCCACUACUUUCAGAUAA